CUCAUCCAUUUUAUUCGCGUGUGCAUUUUCAUGGCUGCUUGAGAAUUUUGAAGUUUUAAACCCUACUCGAAUCCUAAACCUUGCAGUCGGCGUCCCCAUCGCCUUUCGCUCUUCCCGCCGAUUACUUCUCCUCCGCCCAUUCCAUUGCGAUUCACCGGUUAUUCUUCACAGUUCACAGCUCACGCCUCACGUGGUCACGAGUGAAAAGAGGUGACUGUGAAUUCGAAUUCAAAUCUGAAUGGGUUAUCUUCAAUAUGGCAGACAUGGUCUUAGGCAGAUCAUUAGAUUUAAAGAUGCCAAUUAUGAUAGUGUUGUGGUAAACCCACUCUUGUAUGCUUCUCAGGGGCUUCGAUACAACCGGAAGCUCCAAGUCAUCCUAACCACUGACAUAGAUAAGCUGGGAAAGGCAGGUGAUACUGUCAAAGUUGCCCCUGGAUAUUUUCGCAACCACCUAAUGCCCAAGCUCCUCGCUGUCCCUAACAUCGAUAAGUUUGCUUACCUCCUCACUGAGCAGCGCAAGAUCUAUCAACCUGCUGAAGAAGAAGAAGACCAAGAAGAUGUUACUUUAGUUAAAGAGUCAAAGGAAGAUACGAUGAAAGAGUAUGAAAAGGCAGCACUACGUCUUGAUAAGGCUAACCUGGUCUUGCGUAGGUUAAUCGAUGUUCAAAAAGCGAAGUCCCGUGCAUCAAAAGAUGACCCCUUGGAGAUACGCUUACCUGUGACAAAAGAAGUUCUUGUGGCUGAGGUGGCAAGACAACUCUGCGUGAACAUUGCACCUGAUAACCUGCAUCUUCCAUUACCUUUAUCGUCAGUGGGAGAAUAUGAGGUGCCACUCCGUUUACCAAGGUCCAUCCCUUUGCCAGAGGGCAAGCUUAACUGGAGUUUGAAAGUUAAAAUCCGGAGUAAAUAAAUCAGUAGUCUUGUUGAAUCCAAUUUCAUAAGGGAUGAAAGUUUUGGUUUAUAUUACUGCUAAAUUGAACCCGAGGAUUAUAAGUUAUCAACAUUGGUUUUAUUUAUAUCAAUAUACUUUAUGAU